AUGGAAGAGGAAGGAAAUAUGGUCUCGCCCACUCAAGACCUCCCACAGCCGAGAUUCCGAUCCCACAGUUCUGCACGACCACCCAACAGUCGAGAGAUCCAACCCUAUACUGCCGAUACAGAGCAAAAUGCUUUACUUGGCCAGUUCUCCUUUGCUCCAGCUACUCAAACAACCGUUGUUACCACCACUACCACCACGACAACGAAAUUUCCUCCCUUCCUCAUGCGACCACCUCGCCGAAUGCAUGAACUAGAUCUCAAACACUACCCCCUAGCUGCAAGUCCGACGCCUGCUAGUCUAAGAAAUAUUCAUUUUGAGAUUGCUGGGAAAGCUACAGUGUUCCGGGAGGCAGAGGACACAACGCUGGCUUUGGAACAGUUGGAAGCAGAGAGACAAUCACUCCGACAUGCAAACGGCACACUCCAAACGAUUCAAAGUUUCCUGCCUUGGGCAUCCAACUCAGAUGAAGCAAUGCCAAAUGCACCACCCCUGGAGAGCCGACCCCAUAGACGACCCGCAUCUCCUGAAUCAAUAACGGACAACGAAGAGCGUUUUCUACAUCCAGAUCCCUCAGCCACCUCACAUUACCCUCCUACAUCUGUCAGGUCAGACCCAAGACGGGAUCAAGAUCUCCGACGAUCUCGUUUCCGCAUGCAGGACACUCAGCCAUCUAAUCCCAUAACCCCUGAUAGCCUCCAUAGGUCUUUGAGAGGAAAUCGUCGAAGAACGGCCCGAGAUGCAUCCACUGCUCUAAGGAAUGGCCUGGCGCUGCUUCCAUCGCCGAGUACAGAGCAAACUGCUAAUUUUCCAUCUGCUCAAGCAACGACACCCAAAUCAAACCAGCAUCAAGCCCCAAUGUUGGAGGAAAUGCUUACUAUCCCCACCGAUGGCACAAUUGGUAGUCGACCGAACCACCGGGAAACUUCUCAAGACACCAUUGUACCCACGCCUCCGAUCGAUGAUCUGCCUGAAUCUUCGUCAGCUCGGUCAACGAGUUGGCGAGCCCUCUCUUCGGUUCCCGCUCGCCUUCACGUCGCUGAGAGCCCAUCCAUCAACGACGGAAGUCUACCAAGCCCGAGUCUGUCCCCAGUCACCGCAGCGGCAACACUUCAAAACCCUGGGUACUUCGCUGAUGUUGACUCGAGUUCGGAAGGUGCUUCACAGCAUGAAAUGGCCUCUAGCCUAACUCCAGUCGAGCGCCGUUCUUCCAACUCCUUCUCAGCUCCUUCGACCCUCGAGGCAAGCCUUCUCCACCCGUCUCAGAGUCAACGACUGGCCUUUUCUCAAGCUUCAGUCACCGAGAUUCCAGCAAUGUUGGACUAUUUUGAGGCAAUUCCAGACGAACUCAAGAGCUAUGUCAUGCACCAGCUACUCCGCCGCUGCCCCAAACCAACCCUUCAAGUCAUAGCGGAUGCUGUCAAUCCAGCUUUGAAAUGUGAUUUUCUGUCGGUUUUACCUGCAGAGCUGGCGCUCACAGUGCUUAAAUACCUCGAUGUUCGGAGCUUGACCAGAGCUGCACAAGUUUCAAAGAAAUGGCGCCAAAUGAUCAACGGCGAUGAGCGAGCAUGGAAGGAGCUUUUCGACGCUGAUGGAUUCACUCUUCCAGAUGGCGAAUUGCAACAGGCCAUUACAGAGGGUUGGGGCUGGCAGGACCCUUACGGAGUAGAAGGAUUCGAGCGCAACCUGGGCAAUCAAACUAAUAUUAAGUCGGAAACGGAAGCCAACUCUUCCUCACCAUCCGCAUCACAAUCUAAAGGUAUCACCGGGUUGCUACGUCGAUCGAAACGCAAGGCGGCCACUAUGCUGUCUGGUCGCAACAAACAAGCCAAACGGAAGGAUUUCUCUCGGGAAGACUCAAUUGAUGUCAUGUCGAUCGAUUGGAUGAGCCAGAUGUCUACAGCUGAAGGCCCGUACAAUGCCGCCAAUGCCGCUAUUCUCGCAGUUCCGUAUCCGAAUAUUGGAUUCCCAAGUUUAAAGGGCUUGCAUCUUUACAAAUCUUUGUAUCGUCGCCAUCAUUUAAUCCGAAAGAAUUGGAUGGACGAGGACACGAAACCGCAGCAUCUCGCUUUUCGAGCACACGAUACGCAUGUUGUGACUUGCCUCCAGUUUGACACUGACAAAAUACUGACCGGAAGCGACGAUAACAACAUUAAUGUAUAUGAGACCAAAACAGGAAUUCUCAGGGCAAUCUUGACUGGCCAUGAAGGGGGCGUAUGGGCCCUUCAAUAUGAGGGUAACACUCUAGUUUCCGGCUCGACGGACCGUUCAGUAAGGGUCUGGAACAUUCAACAAGCUCGUGAAACGCAAGUUUUCCGGGGACAUACAUCGACGGUUCGGUGCCUGCAAAUCGUAUCACCGGUCAAAGUGGGCGAAACUGCAGAAGGGAAACCAAUUAUGGUUCCGAGACAACCACUGAUCAUCACUGGUUCACGGGACUCGACCCUUCGUGUGUGGAGGCUACCUAGACCGGAAGACCCGACGUUUAUACAAGCUGAGAACGAAAGUGACGCGGAUGAUUGUCCAUUUUUCGUUCGUACCCUGACAGGUCACCAGCAUUCAGUACGGGCAAUUGCCGCUUAUGCCGACACCUUAGUCAGUGGUAGCUAUGAUUGUACAGUUCGAGUUUGGAAGAUUUCCACAGGGGAGACAAUUCACCGCUUGCAGGGUCACACACAAAAAGUCUACAGCGUGGUUCUCGAUCACAAACGCAAUCGUUGCAUCAGCGGAUCGAUGGACAAUAUGGUGCGCAUCUGGGAUCUCAACACUGGUUCUCUGAAGUAUACCCUGGAGGGCCAUACUUCUCUGGUUGGCCUACUUGACCUCAACUGUGAUAAACUUGUCUCGGCUGCUGCAGAUUCUACCCUCAGAAUCUGGGAUCCAGAAAAUGGGCAGUGCAAGGCCACGCUAACUGCUCACACUGGAGCAAUUACGUGCUUCAAGCACGACGGACAAAAGGUCAUUUCUGGCUCCGAUAAAACCCUCAAGCUUUGGAACAUUAGGACUGGCGAAUGCACUAAGGACCUACUUUCAGACUUAAGUGGAGUCUGGCAGGUGAAGUUUAAUGAACGUCGAUGCGUUGCUGCCGUCCAACGGGACGGCUUAACGUAUAUUGAAGUUCUUGAUUUUGGAGCGGCACGAGAUGGAGUGCCUGAACAUAACCGCGGCCGGCGGAUUGUAGUCGAUGCCGACGGCUGUGAAGCAAAUAACGACGAUGUCCGGUACCUUGAUCUUGACGGCACUGCCGAAGGCUAG